UACUAGCCUAUCCACACAUGUCGACCUUAUAACCUAGUUAUACGAUGGCGCAUUUCCACACUGAGUUCUUGCUGUUUAUAGGAUACUGUCUACUAAAUGUUUACGUUUUAGUCACCUAUUGGAAAUGGUCACUAGGGCUGGUAUUACUGUACUUAGGUUAUCGACUGACCAGAAUGAAAAGUAGACUGACCAUCGCAGGGAAAGCUGUUCUAAUAACAGGAUGUGACACAGGAUUCGGACACCACAUCGCCAAGCGUCUAGACGACAGGGGCUUCACGGUAUACGCAGGGGUUUUGAAUGAAAACAGCGACGGGGCCGAGGCCUUACGUUCUCGAAAAUCACAAAACCUACAUGUCAUCAAACUCGAUGUCACGAAAGAGGAAGACGUUAAUAAAUCAUUAGAAUAUGUGACCAAUAACAACAAAGCAGAUCUGUGGGCAGUGGUAAACAAUGCAGGCAUUAAUAUGCCGGGGGACGUGGAGCUAGCGACAGUAGACCAGUACAAGAAAUGUGCUGAAGUCAACCUGUACGGUCCAAUACGUGUUAUUCGGGCUUUCCUUCCACUCAUUCGUAGAUCUAAAGGACGCAUUGUAAAUGUUUCGAGUGUAAGGGGACGUUUUUCAUGGCCAAGUGAUUCGAUGUAUCAUGUUACCAAACAUGGUUUAGAGACUUUGAGUGAUUCUCUCAGAAUGGAGAUGAAGAAAUUCGGGGUCAAGGUCGUGAUUGUUGAGCCAGGAAACUUUGUUGACGCAACAGCUAUUAGCGGACGAGAAAUGAUGAAGAGGAUCCAGAGAGAAGUUGACUUUAUGUGGGACCACGCCUCGGAGGACGUUAAGGAGACAUACGGACGACACUACCUCCACCGAAAGUUGAAGUGUUCCUUUGAAAAUGAUGGGAAACUAUCCAUGAGCCCCGUUAGUGAUGCCAUAGAGGACGCCAUCAUCGCUGAAAACCCCAACAUCAGGUACCUGGUGCCAGGAUAUUUUCUCGACAUUUAUGCUAUGAUUGCCCGUGUCUACUGUUUCCUACCUAGCUGGCUCACAGAUAUCAUAGUGGACAGACUAACAGGAUACUCCUCUUUUCCCAAUCAAAAUUAACAGUUUAAUUGUGAGGAAGUUUAAAUGAAUUUACAUUCUGUUUGACUUUAAUAUAAUUCUAUACAAUAAGUGAGUAACAUUUAAUUCAUUUAAUCUGUUACCUUUGACCUUCAUACACUGUAAGUGUCGCAGCCUAUGACGUACGCAGCAUCAGAUCUACACUUGAGUAUUGGAUGGAGGAUCUGAUGUUAUUGACAAUUAUUACUUCCGGUUGAUCGUUGGGUUUGAUAGGUUUUUGUCUACCAUUGUAAAUAAUAAUAGUCGGAUAAACAUCCAUUGUAUGUCUACAGCUGUAUGUAGAUAAAAAUGUACAAUAAACUAUACACGGCUGGAUGAAGUGGAAUUCGUAUGAUCUUUUAAGGGAAUUCUGACUUGAAAAUAUUAAGCUGGGUUAACAACAAAAUGUUAAC